AUGCCAGUGACGGCGCUCUACUUCCUACCCGCCUCCGGCCCAGACUCCAAUCCUACCCAAGACAUCCUCGCCAAACUCACCUCCUACUACGAUCUCUCUCCCCUGCCUCCCUGGACACUCUCCCACCGCAUUUUCCGCGAGACGCCCUUCACCCAGCCUUCCGUCCAACCGUUCCCUUCUCUCACGAAUGGCGUGGACAUACCCAAACCUCCCGGUCCCCGCUUUCUCCAGAUUCUGAGCCUCUCUCAUCACGCACCACGGACGUUUGUCGCCAUCACGACCACCCACAACGCUUCUCAGAUCAGAGCCCCAACGCCAGCUUCAUCCAAUAUAAGUGCUGAAGCAGCAAGCGGGGAGCCGGCGACCAUAAUCUCUAUUGCCGCCGGUCCAUCGAGCGAAGAGUUCAUUCAACUCAUAGUCUCGAAGUUUGGCCCACUGUGGCAGCAGCGUCAGAUACUAAGUGCAGGUUAUGGGCAUGCGUUUGAGAUUGGCGAUUUUAGGGUUAGAGUUGGAGAGUUGAGGCAAGGUGGCAGCGGAGGUGGGCAGAUGGGAAGAGGAGCGGUCUGCGAGGUUACGUGGAUUCGUGAAGAGGCGGAGCAGGAACAAGAGGGCUGGGAAGUGGGGGAAGCGGUGGUCAAGGGUUUCUGGGAGGGAUUGGCAUUGCGUGGAGCGAGGGAAGUAUACUGGGUGCCGGGGUUGGGAGAUGGAGAGGGGACCAUAAGGCAGUGGUGUGAGCUUCUGAGGCCGAGAUGA